AUGUCGCCGCUGGAUGCUGAGCGCUGCAAGAGUAGCGUGCCAUCGAGGGAACUGGCUUACGUUUUGCAUCAGAGCAAGAGCAACGUCGAGAAGCUUGAGAGGCUAGAGCAGCUACUGGUACAAGACCCCGUCUUCAACCACGAGAAAAUGUACUACCUCACCCGUGGCGAGCAAUACAAGCGUGCUACGCAGAUGGCCGGACAAGCGGAAAUUAUUGCUCACCGCAAUAGCCUCAAUGAAGAAGAUACCGCUCUGUUACACGUGAUAUUGCAGGGCUUCACGGGCUGUCCGUCUUCGACUGCUCUCCAUACGGGGAUGUUCUUCAAGAACCUGGGACUGCUCUUCACGGACGAACAGCAGACGCGCUGGAUGGAGAUGGCUAAGCAGUGGCGCAUGGCUCUGUACGAGUCUGCACAGCACGAUCCUCUGAACCAUUCGUCGGACAAGGUGGCUUUGCACGAAUUGCUGCGUCCGAUUCGCGACGAAAUUGCUCGCAGUAAAUCACGUCUCUAG